AUGCGAGGACGCACACCAACCUGGCUGUAUAUAUUCGCAGCGACUUCUGCGCUACUGGCUGUUGUCGCACUCGGUGGGGCCCUCGCAUGGUCCCGGAUUUUUGAUUCAGUAUUAGCUUCUCAAUUGAAGCUCACACCAAAUUCGAGAUCCUUCCAAAACUGGGUGGCUCCUUCAGUGCCUCUGUACUUUGAUAUAUACCUGUUUAACUGGACCAACGCAGAUAUGUUCCCCGAGAAGCCUGUCUUAAAUCAAAUAGGUCCCUUCAGUUUCCGCGAGGAGCGUGUCCACGUCAAUGUAACCUUCAAUGAGAACGGCACCAUGUCGUACAGGACACACAGGAGAUGGUACUUCGACGAAGAGAGAUCUAAUGGCAAUUUAGAGGAUGAGAUAACGAGCAUUAAUGGUGUCGCUGCAUCUGCAGCCUACCGCGCCAGAUCCUGGGGCUACCUACAACAAAAAGGGCUCUCCAUAGGCCUGAAGAUGUUCAAACAGCAGUUCUCAGUCACCAAGACAGCAAGUGAACUUCUAUUUGAGGGGUACAAUGAUUCCCUACUGGAUCUCGCAAAAAGUUUACCUGCCAGUACAACGGGUGGCGCACCACCGGUGGAUAAGUUUGGAUGGUUUUAUGGGAGGAAUGACACUCUAGAUACUGAUGGCUACAUGGAGAUUACCACUGGGCAACAUCGUGGUACAGUUCCUGGACAAAUUGUGAGGUGGAAUUUCGAAGAUCAUCUUCCUUACUACAGUGGUGAAUGCUCAAAGCUUUUGGGAAGUGCAGGGGAAUUCGUGCCACGAAACUUGACGGAGGAGUCUGUGUUCACGAUGUUCGUACCAGAUCUGUGUCGGACUGUGAACAUGGAUUAUGUGGAGAGUGGCGAGGUGGAAGGUCUAAACUACCACAAAUACGCGUUAUCUCAAAGGAGCUUCGAUAAUUCUACGGUGUCUUCUGCAAAUACAUGCUUCUGCAACGGUCCUUGCGCAUGGAGUGGUGUCAUGAACGUGUCAGCCUGUCGGUAUGACUCACCUGCCUUCAUAUCACUGCCCCACUUCUUGUAUGGAGACGAGCUGAGGAGCUUGGUCGAUGGGAUGUAUCCUGACCCUGAACUACACGAUUUCUACUUUGCUGUUGAACCUAAACUGGGUAUACCGGUGGAGGUGGCAGCAAGAUUUCAGCUAAAUAUGUUUAUAGAUUCUGUUGAAAAUGUUGAUCUAUAUAGCAAUGUUCCGAGAAUGCUGUUUCCAAUAUUUUGGGUAGAACAAAAAGUACAAAUGGAAUACCGAGUGUUGGAGGAGCUGAAAUACGUUCGCGCAAUACUCGACUGGGGCGCAGUUGUAUGCGCUUGCGCAGCUCUAUUCUUUGCGAUUCUUGUCGCCAUAGCCACGUGUUGGGCGCGGAAGCCACAGUAUUUAAAAACAGAACUGCUCACAUCUUUCGAGAAGCCGAAGGAUGAAGCCGAAUUAAAAUUGAAUCCUAAAUGA